UCCUUUUCUCCCCCGUUUCUCCCGUUUUCCCCGUGCUGCAGUUGACAAACAGGUUGUUUUUCUACAAGCGAGCUGCCAGGAGUCUCACUGAGUGCUGAUUCCUGGAAUGAAAUGACUUUAAAAUCUCUGCUCUGAAGCGAAGCGGGGGAAGAAGUGUUUGCAGCCCUGCUGGCUGCGCCAGCUCUGCCAGAGGGGUUUGUGUGGGGCAUUGAGCAGCCCAGGCCGUCGCCCUGCUCUUCCUGGCACCUUGCACCUCAUUGGCAGCAAGCAGCUGCUGUGGUUUAUUUUCCUGCCGUGUUUUUUGGGGGUCUCUCCGUGUUUGGGGAUUUCCAGCAGUGGGAUGCUGGGCGGUAGUUGCUGCCUGACCCUUCCCUUGGGGCUGCUGUUGUGGGGCUGCUGUUGUGGGACUGCUGUUGUGGGGCUGGGUUUGGGCAUGGAGGAAAGCAACGCCGCUCUGGGUGCCCCCAACCCUCCCAGGGAUGGAGGGAUCUCUGCAUCUCGGGGAGACCGUGGGGGUUUUGGGUACAGAUUGGCAUCGACUUGCCUGGGGGAGGAGAGUGUGGGAGGGAAAAGUCAAUUGCAGCUGUGCCGGAGCUGUCUUACAAAGAAGAAAUUCUUUUCCCAAGGGCUUUUGGUGCAUUGGCUGCUGUUUCUCUCCCCCUCCUCUCCCUCUGCAGGAGAACAACUCAUCUCCCCACCGAGGAGCAGCUCCCUUCCCUUCAGGUGCCUGCAGUGGAGAGGGGCUCAACUACCUCCUUCCUAUGCCCUGUGGGUCCCAUCCUGCUGCCCUCCCAUCCCAGAUUUGGGGGAGAGGCCUCCUGGCUGUUCUUGUGCUCUCUGUGCUGUGAGACGGGGACGAGGCGCACAUCCCCGUGUUCCCAGCUCUCACUGUUCCUGUCUCCUCAGCUGAGCUCUGCGGGCCGUGCCAGACACAUCUGUGAGGGCCAGCUGCUACCAGCGCACGAUGAAGGCCUGGUUCUCUGAGUCGGGGCAAAGAGUGGAAGUUUUCAUCCCCUCUCGGCGCUGGUUCCGGCCGCUCCUGAGGCGCUGCUGCCAGGCCUGCACCCCGAGGAGCUGGGAUGGCUUCUACCACGCUCGUCUCUCCUCCUUCGGCUUCCGCAGUGCCACCUGGGUGACGGAGGAGGACACCAGGUUCAGGGGCUGGCUGGUGCGACGGAUCUGCUGCAUCCUGGCUGUGGGCAGCUGGAAAGUGCUCACCGACACCCCCAGAGACCUCCUGGAGAGAGUCUGCAGCAAUAAGAGGGUGCAGGAUGUCGCUGCCAGCCAGGCACGCAGCUGCAGAAGGGACAGCGAGUUCCAGCAGCGGUGCAAGGAGAAAGUCCUGGGGAUCCUGGCUAGGAUCCAGGCCCCGCUCUGCCUCCCUGUGCUCAGGCUGUGCUGCUGGGCGCUGCUUCGCUUUCUGAGCCGCCUCUUCCUCAGCGUGCAGCUGCACCGGGGGCAGCUGGAGAUGGUGCUGAGGGCUGCCAGGACGCCCGGCGUGCCGCUGGUUUUCCUCUCCACCCACAAGUCCCAGGUGGACGGGCUGCUUCUGUCCUUCCUCCUCUUCUCCCAGGGCCUGGGGGUGCCCAGGGUGACGGUGGGCAACUUGACCUGCAGCCCUCGCCUGCGGGCCUUGCUUGGCUGUCUGGGAGCAGUUUUCCUGCCCACGAGGGUGGAGCAGGCUUUGAGUGGCCAGGAUGGAGAGCUCCCAGCAGCUGUGCUGACCUCGUAUGUCGAGGAGGUGCUGAGGAGCCAGCAGCCUCUGGUGAUCUUCCUGGAGGAGCCCUGUGCCCUGUGGCACCUCUCCAGCUCGGCCCGUGCCUGGCUGGCCCCACUGUGCCGCGCUGUGCAGGAUGGUGCGGUGCCUGACAUCCUCCUGGUCCCUGUGGGCAUCGCCUACGACCAGACGCCCGACAGAUUCUGCACGAAUGGAGCGCACAGCGCUCAGCCCCUCGGCCUCGGGGCCUGCCUCUGGGCUGCGUGCCAAGCCCUGUGCCGAUGCUUUGGCUGCGCUCGUGUGGACUUGGCCCAGCCCUUCUCCUUGCAGGAGUUUGUGGCACAAAGCCUCAUCUGUCGGAGCACCAUGGGGAAGCCACUGGAGGAGCUGCUGCCCACCAUCCUCGGUGUGCUACAGCCGGAUUACAGCAGGGCGGAUGGUCCGGAGCACAGAAUGACCACCAGCUCAGAGGCAGAAGAGGAAAUGAUGGUGACAAAGCUGGGCCUGCAUGCCCUGAGCGAUGCCAUUGCGUGCUCUGCCGUCACAGCUGUGGGGAUCACAGCGGCGCUGCUGCUGCACAAGCACCGCAAGUGCGUGCGGCUCUCACAGCUCAUGGCAGACUUUGCGUGGCUGCUGGAGGAGACGCUGCUACGGCAGCAUGAUGUGAGCUUCUCGGGGCAGCUCCGUGCCCUGGUGCUGCACAGCUUGGCCCUGCUCAGAGCCCACCUCACCCUCUACCAUCUUGCACCCCUGGGUGAUGUCAUGGUGGUCGUCAAGGACUCAGCAGAGACGCAGUGGGAGCUGAGCCGCCACAGCGCUCAACUUGUGCCCGUCUUUGCCAGUGAGGCGGUGGGAGCCUGUGCCAUCCGUGCCCUGCUGCUGGAGCUGCUGCCCUUUGUGGGGGAGGCCCCCUGCCCCUCCAGCAUCACCUUCAGUGAGGACGAGCUGCACCGCAAGAUCCUGGCGCUGCUGCAGCUGCUGCCCCCCAACCUGCUGGGGCUGAAGCCCUGCCAGCCCCUUGACUGCCAGAGCCAGGAUGUCUUGGACAAGCUCACACUGUGUGGGCUGCUGGAGGCUGAAGAGGAGGGUGAGCGCUAUCUCUGCGAUGUGUCCUCGUGGCGAUGCGGCAGGACUCUGCAUUGGACCGACCUGGACUUCAGUGACAGUGACAGCGAUGACAGCCACCGCAAACGCUGCUUCAGGAUCCGCGAGCCCAAAGACUCACCUGGCUUCCUCCUCUUCUUCUGUCACCUCCUCAGCCCUGUGCUGGCGACUUAUGUGCGAGCAGUGGCUUUCCUGGAACAACACAGCUGGCCCCAGACAGAAGCAAUGUGUGCAUGUGCACUGCAGCAGUUCCUGGCAGAGGAGGACGGUUUGGAGUGCCCCAUGCGCACCUCCAGGAGCCUGGUGCUGAGCACACUGCAGAGCUUCAAGAACAUAGGGGUGCUGAAGGAGACGCAGAGCCCUUUGGGGUCCCUUCUGCACCUCGUGCAGCCAUUCAGCUCCAGCGAGGGCCAGGGGAAGCUGCGAGCCUUCCUUGAGCAGUUCAUGCAGCUGUAGCCACCAACCCUGCAGAGCAAUAAAGCCGGGAGCAGCA